ACUUAACAUCUCUCUUUUCGUCGUCUCCUCUCUGAGUCAGAGAUUCACCAUUAACAGCAAUGGCGGACGAGCCUUCUCAUACUCGUUGGUCGUUCAAGGAUUUCCAGACGUUUUAUGAUGCGAAAUUCGGGGGGAAAAGGGAGCCUGAGCAGAAAGAUCAAGCCUCGCGUGAUCAGACUGCGGAUUCCAGUGGUGGUUCUUCGAAUGGUUCAAUUAAUGGGAAUGGAAACGUAAGAAACACAUCUGAUAUGGCCAUUUACGAGCAGUAUCGGAAUCAGGAGAAAAAGAGCACACCACAGCUUAAUGGAGUUCCUUCUGACAGAUUUAAUGAAACACCGCAGAAACCGCUGUUUCCGCCUUUAGAAUCUGUAGAAAUGCGUGCAUUAGCGGAGAGUUUAUGUAGAGAUAUUAUUCGUGGGAGUCCAGAUGUGAAAUGGGAAAGUAUUAAGGGGUUGGAGAAUGCCAAAAGACUUCUUAAGGAAGCAGUUGUCAUGCCAAUAAAGUAUCCCAAGUACUUUACUGGUCUUCUAUCACCAUGGAAAGGUAUUCUACUUUUUGGCCCUCCAGGAACGGGGAAGACUAUGCUUGCCAAGGCUGUUGCAACUGAGUGUAGGACCACUUUUUUCAACAUUUCUGCAUCAUCGGUUGUUAGCAAAUGGCGUGGUGAUUCGGAGAAGUUAGUGAAAGUUUUAUUUGAACUUGCAAGGCACCAUGCACCAUCAACCAUAUUUCUUGAUGAAAUUGAUGCUAUCAUUAGUCAACGCGGUGAAGGGAACAGUGAACAUGAAGCAAGUCGGCGUUUGAAAACUGAGCUACUAAUACAGAUGGAUGGUUUGACACGGACAGAUGAACUUGUUUUUGUUUUGGCUGCAACAAAUCUGCCUUGGGAACUGGAUGCAGCAAUGCUUCGGCGCCUUGAGAAACGGAUCCUUGUUCCUCUUCCGGAGCCAGAAGCAAGAGCAGCAAUGUUUGAGGAACUCUUGCCAUCAGUACCUGGUGAAGAGGAGAUUCCAUAUGAUGUGCUGGUGGAAAGGACAGAAGAUUAUUCUGGUUCAGAUAUCCGGUUAGUUUGCAAGGAGGCUGCCAUGCAGCCCCUGAGGCGGUUAAUGGUACUUCUAGAAGAAAAGCAAGAAGUGGUGCCUGAGGAGGAGUUGCCAAGGGUUGGUCCCAUCAGGCAUGAAGAUAUUGAGAUCGCCUUGAAGAACACUCGACCAUCUGCUCAUCUCAAUGCCCAUCGUUACAAAAAGUUCAAUGAUGAUUAUGGUAGCCAAAUUCUGCAAUGAUGACAGUCCUGAGAAAUAAAGCAUGAAACCAGGGUGUGGCUUGUCGCCAGAUCAUUUUCUUGAGAUCGCAGUUUGAGGAAUAGUCCAGAAUCAUGGAUCAUCCACAAAAAGUCCCACAUUCUCACUUUGGUAAAAGAGGUGUUGGGAGUAGUGGAGAUUGAAGCUGCAUCUUUUUACGUAUUGUUGGAUAAUUUCUCUUUCCAGUUUUUACUUACAUAUUCUCUAGAUUUUUCACGCCGAGUCAGUUCAGGGAUUGGUGCAUUUGUGAAGAAUCAGAAUAGGAAU